AUGCUUUUUUCCCUUUCUAGCUUUCCACCAUUAAGACUUGUUGACUUCCUACGCUAUUCGAUUCGCUGGCAUGUCCGGUCUCAUACGAAGGAAAGGUUGAAUGGUCAGUCACUCAUGAAUUCCUUCUCUAAUCACUACUGGAAUAUAGCUUAUAGAAAGAGCAGCUUGAAGGAAGUGGCAAUGCUAGAAGGGCAUUUCUUUCCCGCCUACUUGAGUAGCGCGUUGGAUCUAUGCUUAGGCAGCUUAAUCGCGACUUCAUAUACGUUGCCAUGUCUGUAUCCGACCAAAGACCUUCCUGAUGUUCUUAAUAGGCAUUCUGAGAAUAGGUUGCUGGCGUAG